CAGGGUGUGGUUCAGCAGGUAGGUGUGGAAAAGGACCGCGGUUUAGAAGUUACUGUGUGUGGGAGAGAUUGAUUUCUUUUACCUGCUACCGACAAAAAAAAAAGGAAGCCUAACCAGAACAACGGGUUGUAUAAAUAUUUUUUUUUUACCUCAUUAGAAAAACCAUUAAAGAGAGAAGCUGUCCUCGGCAAAGUUUCUAUACGGUUUACCUGACAACAGGUACGGAGCGACAACACGAAGCUUCUGAAGAAAAACAAAGGGGAGACUUUUUUUGCAGGAAGAAGGAAACAUCUUUAUCGUUAUAAAUAAAACAGCUUGUUGUACUUUAAGGACUUGGUGGGUUUUUUUUUUUUAAAAAAGAGCCUGUUUCUACUUUUUUUUUUUUUCCCCCUGCUUUUUGGUGGUUUUUCAGCGCUUUAUUCAAGAUGGCUAACUCGGGUUUGCAGAUUUUAGGGUUUUUCCUGGCGGUCAUCGGCUGGAUCGGACUCAUCGUGGGCACGAUUAUGCCUCAGUGGAAAAUGUCGGCUUAUGUCGGGGACAAUAUUAUAACCGCCAUCGCCAUGUACCAGGGGCUGUGGAUGUCGUGUGCUUUCCAGAGCACCGGGCAGAUCCAAUGCAAAGUGUACGACUCCAUUCUUCAGCUGGACUCGGCUCUCCAGGCCACGCGAGCGCUCAUGAUCGUCGGCAUCGUCCUCUCCGUGGUGGGCAUGGGCAUCAGCACCAUGGGCAUGAAAUGCACCAACUUCGGAGGAGACAAGGUGCGCAAGGCUCGCAUUGCCAUGGUCGGGGGGAUAGUCUUCCUCAUCGGAGGGCUGGCUGCGUUGAUUGCAUGCUCUUGGUUUGCAAACCGGAUCAUCCAGGAUUUCUACAACCCCUUCACUCCCGUCAACACCAAGUAUGAGUUUGGCUCUGCUAUCUUCAUUGCCUGGGCUGGAUCCUUCCUGGUCAUCCUGGGCGGAGCCAUGCUCGCCUGCUCCUGCCCCCGAAGGACCGGAGGAGCGCGCAAGUACCCCAGAGCCAAGUCCGGGCCCCCCAGCACCGCCAAGGAGUAUGUGUGAGUGCCCUCUAGGGGUGCAACACUGGUACAGCAGGAUGAAGUUCAACCGCAACACUAUUUGUAGUUCUACAAUAACUAGACUGAAUUUUUUUUUUU